UGCGCUCCGGAACGCCUUCUCUUUCCCGAUGGAUUUCUCGGUUCCUUCCCAGCGGAUCUACCCAACCCUCUCCUUCCUCUUCGUCGUACUCCGCACAAUACGUUCGCGGUUUCCACGGUUCGUAAAACCCACAGUUUGCGGUCUCUUAGCUCUGCUAGCUCCUGAAUCUUAAGUACCACACUGAUAUUAUUGUCGACUUGUUCAUCCUUCACUUCAUCUUUACAUUCACAGGAAUAGCCAAAUGGACAGAUCCCAAGCUACUUUACCACCGGCACAGUGGUCAACACCUGCCUCCGAAGACUCGAACUUCCCACCACCGCGCCAACCAACAGAAACUCAGCUUCCAAUAUUUGGCUCCGCAACAACCACCGGUACUCCUUCUUCCGAAGGUAGCUUGCCGCCUCCACGAUUUCCAGCAUCUGCCCCAACAUCUGCCUUCGAAACCCCGAAUGACCCACCCAUGAGUGAAGCCCGUCGCAACUAUAUUAUAGACCGGGUCAUUACGCAGCUUAGGCAGCCAGCACCUGCCGACCGAGCCUUCACGCAGCUUGGGCAACCAACACAAAGGCAGCCGUCAGUUUUUGAGAGCACCAUAAGUUACCUUUCAACGCCGGCUUCCGAUAAAUGGCCCAUGAUGAGGUCUUACAAUAACGGCAUUUUGAAUUAUGCGGGUAAACUAUACAACGUACUCGAAAGAGUCGGGAUGCGUCAAUGUGCUGAGCUGGCGUAUAUCUGCGAGAACUUUGCACUGCUCUGCCAAAAUGGAUACAUCCAAGGCAUGAACGCCGGAGGUUUCAACCAAUUGCAAGUCCGGGUUGAGCAUUAGAAUGGCCAACCACCGCACCCAUUGUGGGACGGCAACUCGUACUCAG